AUGGAAGUUUAUUUAUCAAAGAAGAUUAGCUCUGGUAAGGGAACUAGGAAAGAUUAUUUUGAAUUCAAAGAGGUGAUAAGUAUGAUUCAAGAGGCUAGUUUAAUGAAAAUUGUAACUGGUUUUGGCAAGUGCUAUAAAAUUCUUGUCAAAGAAUUUAUUGUGAACAUCUCUAAGGGAUAUGACAACAAGAGGAGCAAGGAGUUUAGAAAAGUGUAUGUUAGAGGAAGACGUGUGGAUUCUUCUCCUGAAAUAAUCAAUAGGUUCUUUGGAAGAAAUGAAGAAAAACAAGCUAAAAUAGAAGUCUCUGACAAUGUUAUCCGCGGAGAGAUUACUGCUAAACAAGUGAAGAAAUGUCCAAGGAAAGGGAAAUUAUUUGCAAGUGCCUGGAGUGUGAAGCAUGUUGUUCUCCAUAGAAUUAGAGCUGCUAAUUGGGUCCCUACCAAUCCCACUUCCAAUAUUGCUACGAGUCUAGGUAAUUUUAUUUAUAUUGUAGGGACUAAGUCAAGUUUUGACUUUGGAUCCUAUGUCUUUGAUCAAACUAUGAAGCAUGCUGCCUCUUAUAUUGUGAAGAUGCCAAUAGCUUUUCCCUCCUUGAUCUGUGGUGUUAUCCUAAGUCAACAACCAAUCAUCUUAAUCAGCUCUGACAGUACCUGCAAAAGGGACCCUCCUCUCUCAUUACAUUAUAAGCUAUCCACUAGGAAACAUGUCCCAGACAUUGUCAUGACAUCUGGGCAGACACCUUCCAGACCUACUAAUAGAACAUGCAUCCUUGCUGAGUUAAAAGAUACCUGCAAUACUUUAGAUGAAACUAUAAAAGUUGUACUUAAAGGAAAAUCAAGAUUGAAAUGUUGA